AUGGAACCGUCGCGCCGCCAGGAUGACUGGCGCGAGGAGGCAGUGUACGCCCCGUACCUGCAGGAGGGCUUCGACGCCACGGCGCACGCGGCGGCCAUCCUGCGCUCGCCGGCCGCGGGCGACGGAGGAUCCUCAGAGGUCGCCGCCCAGAUCGCCGAGCUCGCCCAAGGCAUCUCGGAUCUCGGCCAGCGCCUGCGGAACGAAGUCAGCGCACACCGAGAGCCGCUCCUGGACCACGCGCGCGCCAUGCAGCGGCAAGAGUCCCCCCUGCACACCAUCGACCUCGCGGUGCGGUCCCUGCGCGCGUCGCUGCGGUCCGCGCGGCAGUCCGUCGAAGCCCCGAUGCAGGAGAUGGCCGACAGCACGCGCGCCCUCCGCGGGCUGUACGCGGCGGUGGACCUCGUCCAGAGAGCAACGCGGUACCUGAAGCUCGCUGGGCGCGUCGAGGAGGAGCGCGCGCGGCUGCGGGAGGGCGGCGGGGGCGGCGACGUGGACGUUGCGCCGCUCGCGCGGCUCGUGGCCGAGGCGGGCAAGCUGGUGGAAGGGGGCGACGUGCGGCGGGUGCGCGUGGUGGCGGAGCGGGUGCGCGUGGUGGCGGCGGCGCGGGACGAGGCGCGGGCGGCGGCGUGGGAGCAGAUGCGCGCGGGGCUGGCCGCGGGGGGGCGGCAGGGCGCCGUGGGCGAGGCGCUGCAGGUCCUGAGCAUCCUGUCCGACCUGGCAGGGGGGGUGUCCGAGAUGGUGGCGGCGGACGUGGGCCCGCUCGACGCGGUGCUGCGCGGCGCGCUCGAUCCGCGCCAGGCGGCCGCGGCGGGCAUCGGCGGGGGCCUUUUGGCCACGGUCAGUCGCAGUGGCAAGGGCGCCGCGGUCGAGCAGAUGGUAUCUGCGAUCUGGCCGCAGCUGGAGGCGUUUGCGGCUCAGCUCAAGGACGCCGCGAAGCGCCACCUGGCCCUCCACGCGGCUCUCGCGCGCCGCCGCGACACCGCGACGGGCGCGCAGCUCCUCUCUCUGCUCCCCGCGACCGACCCGAGCGCGCCGCAGCCCGACACCCCCCCGCCUGCGUCGAACGCCGGCCCCGUCGCGUGGCUCCUGGCCGGCACCGCGGCGGCCGCGGCCCGCCGCGUGGCCUCGGCCUCGGAGCCCGCCGGGUCCCUCAUGGCCGAGGCGCUCGUCCAGCUGCUCCCGCGGACGCUCAAGCUGCUCGAAGCGGCCUUCGACGACUUGCGCGCGCAGCCCCUCGCGCGCCAGUUCCAACUCGAGGAGCCCCUGCUGGCGGGCGAGGUCGCGCUGCAGGACGCGCUGCUGCCCGUGAAGCAGCCGUACAUCCUGAACACGUCGUCGGAGCUCUCCGGCGCGCUCCACGCGGCGUUCCCGCCCGGCCAGCUGCCGAGCCCCGCGGACGUGCAGACACUGUCGGGGCUGGUGCACUCGCAGCUGCAGGCCGCGUCGGCGAGCCGGUGGCUGCUGGUGGACGCGAGCGCGGUCGUGGACGGCGUCGUGCGCGCGGCGGUCGAGCGUUGUGCUGCGGCGCAGAGGGCGGAGGGCGCGGCGGCGUUGCGGGACGUGGACGGGCCGUGCUCGGGCCCGCAGUCGCGCGUGAUCGCGCUGUUCAACGCGCUGCAGGCGCUGCACUUCGGCCUCGCGCGGAGCACGACGCAGCUCAGCGCGUCCGCGCAGGGCGCCGUGCAGGGCACGCUGCACUACCUGCAGUGCGAGGCCGCCGCGAUCCUGGCGCCGCUCGUCGACGCGCACGCCGCGGCGCUCGAGGCCGAGGUCGCGACGAUCCACACGCACGUCCCCGGGUCCUCCGCGCCGCCCGACGGCGUCACCAAGACGUCGCCCUUCGUCGACGGCCUGACCAGGCGCCUGCAGCACGUGCGUACCGAGCUCCUGGACCGGCUGUCGCCGUCGGUGCGGUCCUCGCACGGCGCGCUCCCGAGCGUCGGCGCGCUCCUCGCGCGCCAGCUCCUCUCCCGCACCAUCCUCCUCGUCUGCCGCCACGCCACCCUCGUCAAGUGCACCGCUGAGUCAGUCCGACUGGAGCUGGCAAAAGACCUCGGGGAAGUCGACGUGGCGGUCCGGGAGGCCGGGCUCGGGACCGACGCCAUCGGCCCCGCGUACCGCUACCUCCGCGCCCUCCGCCCCGCGCUGUUCCAGUCGGCGGGGGACGCGCGUGCCGCGCUGGCGGCCAGCGGCGGGGCCGCGCUGCCGCCCGUGGUGCUCGCGCACCUGUUCCUGUGCCGGGCGGGGCCGCGGGCGGAGCUCCCGCACAAGGUGCGCGGGCUGACGGCGGGGCAGUACUCGUCCUGGCUGGACGUGCACGAGGAGCCGCAGGUCCUGGCGGGCGUGCUGCAGGCGGCGGAGGCGGCUGCAGCUGCGGGCGACGAGUGGGCGCAGCUGGCCGCGGAGGUGUGCCGGCGGCACCGCACGGCCGGCGACGCGGCCGCGUGA